AUGUCCCCCUCACUGAGGUACCCAGGCUGCGCAUUCGUCGAAGAGGAAGCCGGCGCCUCCGGCGGGGAGGUGUACCGCAGCGGCGGCAGCUGCAGCAGCAGCAGCUGCAGCAGCGGCAGCUGCAGCAGCGGCUGCAGCAGCGGCAGCUGCAGCAGCGGCUGCAGCAGCAGGGAAACCUGCGGAGGCAGCAGGUGCGACACCAGCAACGGCAGCUGCCGCAGCACUGGCAGCAGAAGCAGCAUGGAUAGAGAAGUGGAUCUAUCUCCCCUGAGUGGGGCCCAGCCUUCUUGGCCAAGCACUCCGAGUGCAGAAAUGCCAGCAGCAGCAGCAGCAGCAGCACCAGCAGCAGCAGCAGCAGCAGCAGCAGCAGCGGCUUUGCCGGGCGCGGAAAACCCCGCAGCGGCGGCCGGCGGCGCCGCCCAGAGCGCGGGGCUCUGGGCUCUCGCGCUGCAGCAGUCUGCUGCUGCUGCUGCUGCUGCUGCUCUCAUGCGCCGCAGCCCCUCAGCCCCCAGUUUGGUCAGCGGCGUGCUGCGGGACUGCCUGCAGAGUCGGCAGCAGCUGCAGCUGCUGCAGCAGCAGCUGCUGCUGCAGCAGAUGCAGCAGCUCAAGCUGCGCCCGCAGGACCAGCAGCAGGAAGCGGACGACCAGCCGCAGCCGCAGGAGGGCCAGGCGCGACAGAGGCAGCUGCAGCAGCUGCAGCAGCAGCAGCAGCAGCAGCAGCAGCAGCCGCUGGAGCAGCAGCAGCAGCAGCUGCAGCCGCUGCAGGAGCUGCACGAGGAGCAGCUGCAGCACGAACCCCUCCCGACCAUCAUUAUGACCGCAGCGGAAAGCUCCGAAACCCUCGACGAAGAGCAGCAGCAGCAGCAGCAGCAGCAGCAGCAGCAGCAGCAGCAGCUGCUGCUGCUGCAGCAGCCAGAUGAGGGAGAACACGAGCAGCAAGAUCCUGUGGGGGAGCAGCUGGGCGGGCCCAAUGUACAGGUGCGACAGCAGCGCCACAAUCGGCAGCAGCGGCGGCAGCAGCAAAAGAGUUUAGCAGCAGUGGGAGCAGCAGCAGCAACUGCUGCAGCAGCAGGCAUGGGGAGCAGCAGCAAGGUGGGGCCUCUCGCAGAGGGAAUUGCUGCUGCUGCUGCGGCGCCAGCAGCAGCAGCAGCUGCUGCUGCUGCCAGCAAUAGUGCGAGGAAACGGCGCUGCACCAGGCCCCCAAGAAACAGAGUCAGCAGCAACAGCAAUAUCCGCUACAGCAGCAGCAGCAACUGCAACUGCAGCAACGGCGGCAGCAGCAGCAGCAGCAGCAGCAGGACUCGCACCAGAGCUCAAAGCGACGCAACGCAUUCAAUGCUUAAGCGGAAGCCCCACCAAGUCGAGGACCAGUUCUUCCGCAUAAAGAUGUGCCAGAACUUCUUGAACGGCAGCUGCAGCAAAAGCCACACCUGCAGCUACGCCCACAGCGAGGAGGAGCUGCGAGAGCCUCCGGCGCUGACCAAAACCAAGAUGUGUGUGCACUGGCAGGCGACGAAGCUGUGCAAGUUCUGGGUGCGCGGAGGCGUCUGCCCAGCAGGAGAGAGUUGCCGUCAUGCGCACGGAGAGCAGGAGUUAAGGAAGCGGAACUACCGACGCACUGAACUGGAGAAAUUUGCCUCUGUGCACGGGCUGAACAUUGUGGCUUUGCUGGAGGAGCUGCGGGGAGCUGCCAGUUUGAAUGUAGCAGCAACAGCAGAAGCAGCAGUGAUAAGAAGCAAGGCGAAGAAGGGAGCAGCAGAGGGGCAGCAGGGUGCUGCUGCAGGUGCUGCUGCAGCAGGAGCAGCAGCAGCGGGCGCAGCAGCAGCAGCAGCCAAGGGCGCAGCGGCCUCCGCGACAGCGCCCGCCGGGCCCGCCGCGGCCCCCGCGGCCCCCGCGGAGCUGCAGCAGCUGCAGCAGCAGCAGCAGCAGCAGCAGCAGCAGCGGAUGGGUCGGGGGGACCGGGUGCGGGGCGUGUCUUUGCCGACGCAGAACAGCCGGGGAGUGUCGGGAGAAGGGCAGCAGCAGCAGCAGCAGCAGCAGCAGCAGCACGCGCACCACCGGCGGGGGGAGGCGCACGGGCCGCGGGGCGCGGGGCCGCAGCAGCAGCAGCAGCAGCAGCAGCACGGCGGGGAGCAGGAGGCCAGCCAGCGGUGGCAGCAGCACGAGCAGCAGCAGCUGCUGCUGAUGCAGCGCGCUGCAGUGGAGGGGGGGGCCCCCGUUUAUGCCCAAGUGCCCUUUGUGCCCACAGAUGUGUACACAACUCUGCCGGGUUUGCUGCCUUACCCAGCGCCUUAUAUGCAGGUGCCAUAUGCAGCAGCAGCAGCAGCAGCAGCAGCAGCAGCUCCGGGGGCGCAGUACGGGGCCCCCAGCUACCCGCUGGGCAUUUUCCCGCCCUACCCGCUGCUGCAGAUGCCCACGGUGCAGCAGCCCCUCGUGAACCCCACAGCAGCAGCAGCAGCAGCAGCAGCAACUCCGAGCACCGCGGCAGCAGCAGCGGCGGCGGAGGCCAGCGGCUCUGCCCUGCCGCAGCAGCAGCCACUAGAUGAACCCGCAGACGUCUAG